AUGUCUAAUAAUCGUGGACUUCUAGACGAUGCAUGGGAACAGACUCAGAUCAAAGUUUUCUCAAGAUGGACAGCUAAACAGCUUUCCUUCAAGGGAAUUCCAUUUGACAACGUUUUAGAGGAAUUUGCAGAUGGCGUUAAACUCAUUCAGCUCCUUGAGAUCGUUUCUAAGGAACCAAUGAAGGGCAAAUGGCACAAGCAGCCAAAGAUGCGCGUUCAAAUGCGUGAAAACUGUGGUAUGGCCUUAGACUUCAUCUCAUCAAAGAAUAUCCGUAUGGUUGGUAUCGGAUCUGAUGAUAUCAUCGACAAGAACAAGAAGCUCACACUCGGUCUUAUCUGGACAAUCAUCAACAAGUUCAUGAUUGAAGAAAUUUCUGUCGAAGAAGCCACAGCUCGUGACGCUCUUCUUCUUUGGGCUAAGAAGAACACACAAGGAUACAAGGGUGUCAAUGUUACAAACUUCACAACAUCCUGGUCCGACGGUCUUGCCUUUUGCGCCUUAAUCAACAAGUUCCGUCCAAACAUGCUCGACUACGAUUCACUUGAUCAGACACAGCAGAAGGAGAACUGUGAGAAGGCCUUCGCUGCAUGCAAGGAACUCGGCAUCUACGUCUUCCUUGAUCCAGAAGAUCUUGUCGGAACACAGCCAGAUGAGAAAUCCGUCGUUACACAGGUUGCCGAAUUCUUCCACUUCUUCGCUGGCGAGUCAAAGACACAGGCCGCCGCCGACAAGCUCAAGCGCACAAUCGGCAUUCAGAAGGCCAUCGAAGAAGAAGCCCUCAACUACGAGAAGCAAGCUCAGGAGUGCCUCGACGUUAUCAACACAGAACGCGAGAAGCUCCUUGCUCAAGACUACGACCAGACAGUUCCAGGAGUUAAGUCCAAACUCUUCAACUGCAUCAAGUUCGGACGUGUUGUUCGUCCAGUCAUCGUCGACAAGCGUGGUGUCGCUAUGAAGACAUGGGGUCAGCUUGUUACAAAGUGCAACUCCAAUGGCCGUCCAAUUCCACAGGUCAAGGAAGAGUUGUUACCACCAAACCUCAACCUCAAGUUCGAAGAGAUCGAAAAGACAGCAUCAGACCGCCGCGACGAACUCACAAAGAUCCUCGAGGAACUCCAGGCCAAGUUAAUCAAGGCCUUCGAUGAAGCUGCCAACGCUAAGAUUGCUGUCUGCGACGACAUCAACAACAAGGCUAUCAACCUUACAGGAGAUCUCUACGAACAGCGCGAUGCCCUUAACAACUACCUCCAGCAGGCCCAGGAAGCUGCUGGCACAGUCAAGGAAUUACAGCCACAGUUCGUUGAACUUGUCGAAUUAAGACUCAACAACAGAGUUAAGCGCACAGUCAUCGCUGUUGAUGGCGAAUUCGAACAACUCAUCGCUACAAUCAAGCGUCUUAUCGAAGGCAACAAGGCUGCUAUCUUCGAAUACGAGAACAAGAAGAAGAUCGAAGAGUACAACCAGGCUGCUCAGAAGUACGUCGACGAAGUUGCUCAGCUCAAGCAAGACCUUGAAGCAAUCGCUGGCGAACUCCGCGAACAGCGCGCUGCCAACGUUGACAAGUCAGAAGAAAUCAUCCAGAAGAGAAAUGGCGUUUCUGACAUCAGACCAAUGUUCCAGGAACUCGAAAAGCAGUCCCUCCACCUCGGUAUCGAGAACACUCCAGAUGCCGUCACAGCCAUGUACACAGCUUGCCUUUCUCAAGCUCAGGACAAGAUCACACAGAUCUCAAAGCAGCUCGUUGACGAGUACAACGAGAAGGCCAUCGCUAUCCACGAGAAGAUCGGCGAUGUCCACAAGACAGCUGACAGCGUUUCAGGCACAACACAGGAGAAGAAGGAUGGUGUCCUCAAGUGCCAGUCUGAUCUCACAGAGAUCAAGGCUUCAAUCCAGCCAACACUUGAAGAACCAUACCAGUACUUACAGUCCAUCAAGUACUCCAACGCUGUCAAGUACACACCAAACGACUUAACACGUGACUCCGACAUCACAUUCGCCUUCUUGACAACACUCCUCAACCAGCUCGAAGAGCAGUUGCAGUCAGAAUCCAACGAUGCUCGCAUCGCUGCAUACAACGAGUUGGCCAAGAAGUACGUCGACAUCGCUAACGAAUUCCACCAGAAGGUCAGCACAAUCGAUGGCGAUCGCGCCACACGCCGCAAUGCUUACCUCUCUGCUCAGCUCGAGUUAGGAAACAAGCGUGAAGGAUUGUCCCAGCUCAAGCCAGAGUACGAAGCACUCGAACGUGAUACAUUACACAUCCGUGUCAAUGAUUCACCAGCUACAAUCUCAAAGGUUUACGCCAACGCUCUUCAGAUCAUCACAGACAAGUUGGCUGAAAUCUACAACGAGAUGGUUGCUGAUUUCGAUGCCCAGGUUCUUGCCAUCGCCGAGAAGGUCAAGGUUGUACAGAACGUCGAAUUAACAGGCACACUCCUUGAGUUGAAGGACAAGAUCGCUCAGUCAAAGGCUCAAGCUCAGGAAAUCCUUCCAGAGUUACCAACACUCGAUGCUCCAUGGGAAGAUCUCUGCGACUUCAACCUCAACUACCGUGUCAAGCAGACACCAGAAAACUUGAGAGCAACACUCGAAGCUGUCAUCGCAUUCCUCAACCACCAGGAGGAAUCCAACAACGAAAAGCUUGCUUCCGAAGGCCGUGAAUCCCGUAUCUUCGCUUACAACCAAAAGGCAGCAGUUUCCGUUGCUUUGGCUCGCGAGUUGGAGCAGAAAGUUUCCAAUGUCGACGGCACUCUUCCUGAGAAGCAGCAGAAGUUGUUCGACAUCAAGCAGGAAGUCAUCGAUGGCGAUGAGGCUGCUAAGGAGUUGACACCAAUCUUCGAAGACCUCGAAAAGGACGAACUCCACCUUGCUAUCGAAGACACACCAGAUUCAAUCGCUGCAUUCUUCGCAAACAUCUUAUCACACAUCGACGGCCUUGUUCGCGAAAUCGAUACAGCCAUCGCUGCUGAGAAGGGUCUCCAGAUCUCAGAAGAGCAGCUCACAGAGUUCAGAGAAACAUUCAACCACUUCGAUAAGGACCACACAAACUUCUUACAGUACUUCGAACUCCGCGCUUGCCUUACAGCUCUUGGCGAUGAUAUCUCCGAUGAUCAGGCCAAGGAAGUCUGCAAGAAGUACUCUGCAACAGGCGAAGAGAAGCUUAACUUCGAUGAGUAUGUUAAAUUCAUGCUUGACCACUUCUCCAAGGCUGAAAACGCAGAUACAACAGCAAAAGCAUUCAAGGCUAUCGCAAACAACAACCCAAUCCUUACAGACGCACAGCUCGACCAGUACUUCAAGGGUGAAGAGGCAGAGUACCUUAGAAAGGUCCUAAAGCAAGUCGACGGCGGAUACGAAUUCGCCGAGUGGGUCAAUUCUAUCUAUGCCUAA